AUGCCAGAGGGGAACAAGGAAUCUAUGACAGCAAAAACCCGUCUCGCAAUGUCGCUGCCAGGUCAACCUCAACGCGCCACUCUGUCCAACCUCCUGCGACAUCUGCAUGCACCGUUUGCAGCCUUCUACGAAACAGUCAGCGAUCGCCACAUCAUGAGUGACGGGAACAGUACACCAUCUACUGCGGCGAUGCUGAUGAAAGGAAGAUUACCGCAUUUUGUUCCUGCUUGCAAAGUGUCGAGGUUUUUGGAGCAGUGGUCAAGACAAAAAUACUAUGGUGUUGAAGAGAUGAACACGGAGCCAGGUGUUCUUGGUCUUUUUCACUACAUUCUUGAUGCUCUUAUACGCUCCCCAGGCCACCGACACCAGAUAAACGUAGCUGGUGAAUUCAGAUUCUGUCGAAGACCGACGCAAUCACAUGUUUUGUCGAACUCGGUCAGCUUCUUUCAUUCCUUCAUUUCAGCUGAUGCUAUUGCUGCUAAGUUAUUAGAACGAUGUCAUCAGCAAAACGUAGAUGUUAUAGCUGCCGACUAUCAAUCUUAG